UGUUUUAGGCUCAUUUUAAUAAAUCUUUAUUUGUCCAGGAAAGCCUAAAAUCUUUUUGUUUUUGUAAAUGCAUACAUAUACGGUUGUAUAGAAGAUUUAAUCCUAAAAACAACUUAAGAACUGUUGAAAACCAUAUAACCAAAUAAGACCAGCUGAGAACGACAAUAUAACUAACAUAUCAAUAUUCUAAAAUACUCUUAAAUCAAAGUGUAGAUUCUGUCAGCUGACUCUGUUUUUGUUUAAUCGAUUGGAAAUAUGAGCAGCAAGUAGGUCACUGUGUUUUGACCAUGUGUUGCAAUAUGAACAGAGGUGGGGCUGUCCUUUAGCAACUCUUCAGCAAAGCAUAGACCACUGGUUGUCAUCAGCUACAUUAUAAACUCUAUUCCUCAGACAUGUUUUAUAAGCCCACAUCUAUUCCACUACAGUAGCUCAUUGGGAUGGGGCACCCCCUCUUUUUUAUCUUAUUAAGACAGAUCAAAACAAAGCAGUGAAAAUGUUAUUGUAUGACUAAUGGUGCAAUGACGAGUUUUUAUGUCUACUUUCUGGCUGAAAUUGUUAGCUUUUACUCGAAAUUCAGUUUACUUUUCAGACUUCUUUGCUAAGUUUAAAGUCUAGCCUUGGAAACUCUGAUGUGCCCUUGCACCUAUUUGUAGGGCCGCUAUAAAUAGGCUCUUGCUGGCAACACGUGUGUCUAUGAUAGGCAGUUGCAGAGAUUUUCCUCACAGACUCGGGCCCCAAGGCAACACUGACAACAUCUCAAAGGGGCUUUUACAUGGGUAGUACCAUAAAAGCUGAGCCUUGAACUUUCACAAGCUGUGGAUGUGAACAGUGAGGGGUUUUAUAGUGUGGGUGAUAUAUCCCGGAUUUAACGUUUUUGUGAAGUGCUACAGAAGACAAUGACUUCCAGAAGGCCACUGACACGCUCUUUUUCUGCCAAUGGGAGGACAGGCGGCUUCGGUGAAGAGGAGGGCAGCAUGUCCAAUAUCCGUCUAGAAAGCCGCAAUCCUUACAUCUCACAUGUUAGGCCUGAAAACAGGAGCACAUUGUGCAGUGUCAUGGCUCAGCUGGCCGAGGACAUACAGCCCUUUUUUGAGACCACCUUGAAAUCAAAGGCAGUGUCAGAAAACUGUAAUGUGAAGUUCACAUGUGUGGUAUCAGGUUACCCAGUUCCAGAACUGAAAUGGUAUAAAGAUGAUAUGGAAAUGGACCGCUACUGUGGACUCCCAAAAUACGAAAUUCAUAGAAAUGGAAAAAUCCACACCCUGCAUAUUUACAACUGCACACUGGAUGACGCAGCCAUCUAUCAGGCCUCAGCCAGCAACAGCAAAGGUAUUGUCUCCUGCUCAGGAGUUUUGGAGGUUGGUUCCAUGAACGAGUUUAAGAUCCACCAGCAGUUCUUUGCCAAGCUGAAACAGAAAGCAGAGAAGAAGAGGAGAGAUUUGGAGGAGCAGAUCAAGAAGGCGGAUAAAGAAAUCAUUCAGAAAGAGAAAGGCCAGAGCAGCCUAGAACGUCCUCAGAGGAAGCGACCUAUCCCACGACCACCACAGGGGCCAGUAUUCAAGGAGCCUAAGGCUGUGGAACAGCAAGUAGCUGCUGCAAAACCUAAUGGAGUUAGUUCUGAAGUAAAGGAAAUGGCAUUGGUCUCAUCCAUAGACAGUGGACUGGAGAAAGAGAUACCUUCAUCUGAUGAAGCCUUAGCCAAAAAGAAAAUAAAAAUCUCAAAUGGUGUAGAUGCUGGGGUUAAUGGCAGCAGUAGUAGCAUAAGUCACAUGAUGGGGAUUGGAGGGGAAAACUGCUAUGAUGAAGGAAUCAUUUUGGAUCAAUUUCUGACAGACACUCUCCAGUCCCAGAUUGCUGAGGAGGUACAGAACUCAUCUCAAGAGGAGAAACCAAAAGAGCUGGAUAUAUCUAUUGUAAAUGCCAGUAAAGAGGAAGAGAGGGAGCAAGAGAGAGAAGAACAAGAAAAAGACCCAGAAAGGGAGUAUGAGAGAGAGAAAAGGAGAGAAGAGGAAAUGGACAUAGAAAAUCUGAGAGAAAAGGAAAGGCCAUCGGUGAUGUCGUAUACAGUAGCCCACCAUAAACCUCACGGCAAGACUCAUAAGGAUCACGAACACCACAACAUCCAGACUUCCAUCUCCUCGAUGCUCAGCACAGUCAAAGGCUUCUUCUUUGGUAAGAGUAAAAAGGAGUCUCGUGAUCACAUUGACAAAAAGGAGAGAGAGUGGUCCCCUCAACCGGAGAUGCCACCCUCAUUUCGGGUGCAACUGGAGCAUGAUCCAGACAUGUACAAGCCUCUCACAGAGGAUGCUGUGCCCAUGGAAAUGGAUAAACCAAAAGAGUCUUCAACAACUGCGGAUAUACAACAACAGUCAGUGUCAUUGGAGAUGCAUGAACAUGGACAUGAAGACAGUGUUCUAUGCACACACCUGCCACAAGCUCCUAAACUGUCACCUGAGAGCAUAGAGGAGCCCACAGGGAAGAGUGUCAAGGAGGCUGAUGAUGUUGGGGAGGCCAUGGAAGUGUCUGUGGCAGCAGGAAGCAGUAGUCCAGGUGAAGAAAUGCCAUUGUCUGGACUUCAAAUUCUCACUGAGACAGAAGACAAAGAUUCUCAAAUAGUCUCAGUUAGCAAAGAGGCUCCUGUAAACCAGCAAGAACCAGUUUGCCUGGUGGUUUCAUUACUACCAAGGGAUGAGUCUUCACCCACGGAAGAUACAUUUGUCUUGCCACAGAUCAAAGCAGCUCAUGAAGAAGAAUACAUCCCUGUGUCAACAUUAACUAGGUUAGAAGAAAGCUGGACCCUCCCACACAGUGUCAUUUCAGUGUCAGACAGGCACAGCCUUGGAGAAACACCCACUGAAACUUUUCAAGAAGAAAAGAUAAGUGUUGAUAAGAUGGGCACGGAAGCUAAACAUGACAGAGAGGAAGGCUGGUCUUCCAAUAAGUUAAGUGAGGAAGAGAAAGCGGAAGUGAAAUCAAGCAAAGGGGCAUGCUUGGAUAUAAACAGAUCUGAGAUUACUGAAUUAACAGCAUUUUCACUGGAAGAGGAAAUAAAGCCAUGUGAAUCUAAAACACCAGUUCAGGUGCUUUCACCUCUGUCUGCUUGGGCAGCAUACAGUGCAGAGAGAGAAAAUGUAAAAGAAGAGGCAAAACAUGUCUCAACGAUUCAGGAAACGAAUGUAGGAUUUCCGCCCACUGCAGCCCCUGAACGUUUAGAGAAGGAUGACCUAAAUAUAGAGCGUGAAUGCACUCCUUCUGCGGUAGAGGAAAGAACAGAAGGCCACAAUCUCAGUGCAGUACAGAGUUCAGAGUCAGGUUAUGGAGCCAGCGAAGAGAGAAGUGACUUGAAAGAGAUAUUUAGUUCUGCUUUAGAGAAAGAUUUGGAGGUUAACAAUCAAAAAACAGACAAGAACACAAUUUUAGAACAUGAGUGCAUGAAUGAGAGAUUACUGUUUGAAGUGGAGACAGAGAAAAAAGGGAAGUGGUGGGAUGAAUCACAAAUGCUUUCAGCAACACAAAAUGAGAGAAAUGAUACUAAUGUUUUGGAGGAGCGCAGUAAUGUUGCCGAUCAAGAAGGCAGCGAGAGGCAUCUGGGUUGGCCCUUGGAGAAUAUCCCUCAGAUUCAGAUAUCUACCACUGAAGACACUCCAAAUGUCAAACAGUUUGUGCCAUAUGUAAGCACAAGUGAACAUGUUAUAAUCCCAGAACCUGAAAUAAUGGAGCCUGAGUUCAAAGAGUGUACUCUGCCACUGACUCUUUUAGCACUGAACAAGCCGGAAUCUGAUAUUUUGCAAAAACAUGAUGCAACUCAUGUGUCAGAGAUGAUAAUCCAAGACCAGAAGAUGGCUAAUUCUCCAGGCUGGUUGGUCACACAGAAAGAUAUGCAGAAUGACUACAACAUCUCACUCACAGAGAAAAUAAAGGAUGUUGCGCAAUUAGAUGAUGAGACAGAAGUGUUUGAGCGAGAGCAGCCAUAUGUAAAAAGCAGUGAACAGCUCCCUCAGAUGGACAAUGUAUCAAUUCCUGAUAUAAAUGUUUCAUGUACUGAUAACAAAGCGGAUGACACAUGUGUAAAUGCCCAACCUUCACAUACACUGCAGCCUUUUGAAACUCCAGUGGUGCCACCAAUCUCGGUCACCUGUUAUGAAAAUGACCCUGGACUCAGACUCCCCACUCACAGUAGGUUGACAGAAACAGAAACUUCAGUUGCCACGCAAAGGGGAACAAAGCAUGAUGCUGACAAUGACAUGAUCACAAAACCUGAAAAAACUCAAAGCAGAAAACAGAACAUUGAAGAAAAGGCAGAAAAUAGUGUAAAAGAUAAAACUCCCUCUUUGCUAUAUGAGGCUUUAAUACCAAAGUUUGGAGACAAUGUACAAUCAUUCAGUAAACCAGCAGAAGGCAAUGGCCUUGAAAUCUUUACGAUAAAACCUCUUAAACAGGCCAAAAUAGAGGUUUUUGUGUCUGUUGACCACGUCCAAGGAAAUAAAUGUUGUGUUAAGAGACUCAGCUCAAAAGCUCUAACACAUCCAUCACUGAGUCCGGCCAGUCUUCGCAAACUGACGUCUAAAGCCGCCCCAGACCCAGACAAUGAGGCUGUGAAGGCUGUCCCUGUAAUCACUGUGGGUGACCAUCAGAAUGACAAGGCAGAUGAAGAUCUCAGCGGAAGCUCAACACCAACAUUCCCCCUCUCCCGUGAGAGCAGUCCCCGACUGAAACGCAGAGACAGUCUGUCACUUAUACGCUCUGCCACACCUGAGGAGCUGGCCUCCGGAGCUCGCCGUAAAAUCUUCAUCCCAAAAACUAAAGAAGACGGAGAUGGUGCCUUGGUUGGUGUGCUAGACACACAGGGCAAGAAGGACACCCCCUACAUGUCACCCAGCCAGGUCCACAGAGCAACAUUAUUACAAACUCCCCCUGGUCCAAAAAGCCCACCGAUGGAGAGGCGCUCCCCGCUGUUAAGCCGAAAAAAGGCCACCUUGGAGGUGCCGAAACUUAUGGAGGAUACACCCAGAGAAGGGCCCACCAGCCCCAAGAAGGAGGAGAAACCAUCUGAAAAGAAGCCAGACCCUUUGAAAGCUCCACAGGUCAUCCGUAAGGUUAGGGGAGAGCCGUUCCCAGAUGCCUCUGGACACCUAAAGCUGUGGUGCCAGUUCUUCAAUGUGCUCAGUGACUCCACCAUUAAGUGGUACAGAGAUGAGGAGGAAAUACUAGAGCUGAAGCGAAGUGGAGGGGAUGAGAGUCAAGUAGCACUGGCUAUUGUUCUGGCAUCCAGUCAGGACUGUGGGGUUUAUGGCUGUACGAUCAAUAAUGAAUACGGGACUGACACCACUGACUUCCUGCUCAGCACAGACAUUCUGUCUGAGAUACUACUGAAGGAUGAUUUAGAAGUCGGGGAGGAGAUCGAGAUGACCCCACUGCUGUUCACCAAAGGCCUGGCUGACUGUGGCAGCUGGGGUGACAAGUACUUUGGCCGCAUUAUGACUGAGACGGUGCACAUCGGUGAGGGCUGUGCACACAAAGCCGGCAGAGUGAAGGUCAUUUACGGCCUGGAUCCUGUCUUUGAGUCUGGACGCACCUCCAUCAUCAAAAUUAAAAACCCCAUCGCCUACGGGACCAAACAGGGAAGCAACCUUGCAGAGAGAAAUCUAGAGAUUACUAAACACGAAUGCAAAGUCCAAAACAUGAUUCGUGAAUACUGUAAAAUCUUUGCAGCUGAAACAAGAGUUAUUGAGAAUUUUGGCUGUGCACUAGAAGUGAUUCCUCGAUAUCUGAUGUACCGGCCUGCCAACUCUGUACCAUAUGCCACAGUGGAGGCUGAUCUUGAAGGCGUCUUUCAAAAGUACUGUGCAAUGGAUCCUAAAGGCAGACUGGUUACACAAACUGUUUAUGAGGUGGAGCAGAAAUGUGCCACCUUUCAGCACUGGAUCCAUCAGUGGACACAUGGCAAUUUACUUGUCACUCGGCUGGAGGGAGUUGAAACAAAGCUCACUAAUGUUGGAGUUGUGACCAAGUCAAAAGGAUAUCAAGGAUUAAGUGAGUACAGCUCUCCUGAAGUAUUUGAACAGUUCCUGACACACCAUCAGUGUAACUACUACUGUGGACUUCUUGGCCUGCGUCCCCUUAAGUCUAUGGAUAGUCAGCAGCCUACCAAGAUGAAGGGCUCCAAGAGCCCCCUGCUCAACCGUAAGUUGGGAUCUAGCAGCCCUCAGAUGGCUAAAAGGUCAAGCCCAAAGGUGCCUAGAAAAGUACAAGAGACAGGGGAUAUUAAAUCAGAUGUCAACACCAAGCCUGUAGUUGCUGUUCAGGCUAUUGAAAUGAGGUAGGAAGAAGGACCUGUUCUGUUUCAUUUUUUUAUUAUUACCAGUUUCUUUCUAGCUACUAAAGUCAGUGAGAACUUGAAAAGUAAGAGUUAUGAGAAAAAGAACUGACCAGGCUUGUCAUAAAACAGUUAAUGUUUAUUUCUCUUUCAACAUCACAACUAUGAAACAUUAUGAAACGUCCAUUUUCGUUUCCCUUCUUACUAUAGUUAAAAAGGUUUGUGAGAAUAACUGGAGCAAUGUGCACAAGGCUUCCAACCAUACAGGUCAAAGAUGCCAAACACAGUGAUUUUUUACUCAUAGAGAAUGAAAACUGAUGUUUGGCCACAUUAGAGUUGACAUAAUGCUAUUAAAUCACUUCAAACAUUUGCCUUAGAGUCUCAUCAGCUCUAUCAGUGGAUAAACAAGCAUUCUUUGUCAGCUUGAAAUAAUCAUCACUGAAAAUUCGCUUCACACUGUAAACUUUGCCGUCUUUUCUUUCAUUGGGUAGAUGUGAACAUCUUAGUGUGUUAAUUGAAAGAACCAUGGCAUAUAAAAUGUACCACAGCCACACAAGUAAUUGAGGUAUUGUAUGUAUAUUAAAUGCUGCAUGUUCAACUGUGAUGUACAGUAGGGUAUAAAGUUUAUUUUGGAGGUGCUAUGGUUACCAUUAGAACUGUCUAUGCAGCAUUUCUUUAUACACAGCAAAGUUGAGUUUAUGCUGUGGAAAAUCAACACAGUUAUUAGGCCAAAGAUGUUUGUGUGCACUUUCUUUUUGGCAUUAGGUUUUAGUAGUCUGUGAGUACUUUUUGUCUGUUCAUUAGGGUUUUUGUAAAUCAGACCUGCUGGUGAAUGUAACUCUCAAAACAAUAAGCAGUAAGGGGAUUACCUGUAAACUCUUCAGCUUUGCCAUGCUUACUGUAUGCUCAUUACAUGCAAACACAUGAGUUCCCCACAGUUAUUUGGACCUCACCGAUGGACUGUAGGCUAAAAGCACACUGAACACAAUAACCAAAAGAGCAGACUCAGGACUUUUAGAAGCCAGCUGAUCACUAAGUACUGCUCCCUGUAAGAAAUCUGUAAUGUUUUAUUGCAACUGGCCAUCACCUUUUGCUGAACACUUUGUUAAGUUUUGUUAAGAUAUAGUUGGUCAGCAGUAACCAGACCAGUCUUGAAUACUUUUUUUGUAAGUUGCAAAGCCUGCAUGAACUUCAGCAUUAGGAUUAGAAACAAAAUGAAAACUGCUCAGUUAUCUCACAAGAUUGCAUUGGUCUUAUUGGUUAAAUUUCAACAGAGGUCAUUCACCUUUAGAAACGGAAAUUGUUAGGGUUUUUAUUCUUGGUUAAUGAUCAGUGAAGGUCUUCAAAUUUGUCUAAAUAGCUGGUCUUAAACUUCAGCUGUGGUCACUUAAAAAUUCCCUUAAUUGCAUGAAGCCUUGUUAACAAAAGGAAGUAUUUUAAAUAGCAAAUUCAUUUGACCAGCUGAUGAUUGUGAAAUCACUGUAAUGUUAAGGUGUGGUGCCAUGCAAACAAACCUGUGUUGUGUUUUUGUGUACAUACAGUCAAAGAACUAAAUAUUUGAAGUGGUGGGAAUAAAAGCAAUAAAUGUGUGAGGGACUGUGUGAAUGAAUGAGUGAGGGAAUAAAUGUUUACAGUGUCCGCUGUCUUUGGUAUGCUAUUGUAUGUCAGCAAAAGUUUUUUAAAUAAAUGUGUAAAACAUUUGUGUCCAAAUUUACAUUUUCAUUUACAUA